AACGUGAAUCUCCUGGAGAGAAACUCUAUAGAGACGACAGGAGGUUGUUUUUCUGCUGCAUUUAAAUAACUGAACUUUAUUAAUGAAUAUCGAGGUUUCAGUACUGUAUUUUGCCAAAAGUGCAGAUUUGGCAGGCGUGAGGUCAGAGACCAUUUCAGUUCCUCGUGAAAUAAAAUCCUUGCAGCUUUGGGAAGAAUUGGUAACCAGACAUCCCAGACUUGCUGCCAUACUGGACCAGGUUGUCUUGGCUGUCCGUCAGGAAUACAUCACUCUCGGAGAUCAGCUGUUGUUCCUCCAGCCAGGUGACGAGGUCGCUGUUAUCCCUCCUAUCAGUGGUGGUUAAAUCCGCACAGAUGUAUACAGGUGUAGCUGAACCUGGAAAUGGUGGCAGAGACAUCAUCAAACUAACUAGUAGUAAGCUAUCCACAGAUGAGGUUUCUUUCUCUGCUGUUUGCCCAGAAUGUGGAGCAGUUUCCUUGUUUGUUG